AUGUCAUCAACUAAAGUAGAAUCAUCGUCAUCACAAAAACUAGCAUUAAAAGGUUCAUCAAAAAUAGUAUCAGAUUAUUUUGAGUUUGCAAUUAACUCAAUAUUAUAUCAAAGAGGAAUAUAUCCACAAGAAGAUUUUAAAAUUGUUAAAAAAUAUGAUUUACCAAUGAUUAUAAAUAAUGAUGAAGAUGUAUCUAAUUAUAUUGAAAACAUAAUGAAACAAUUAAAAAAAUGGAUUUAUGGUAAAAAAAUUACAAAAUUAAUCGUGGUAAUAAUAUCGAAAUCAACUGGUGAAAACUUAGAAAGGUGGGAAUUUAAUAUAGAAAUUAAAGAUAAUGAAGAACCAACACAACAAGAAGAAGUAUCACCAAAAGACAAGUCUGAAAUUCAAAAAGAAAUAAGAGCAAUAAUAAGACAAAUUACAUCAAGUUCAAGUUUUUUACCAAUUUUAAAGAAUGAUGAAUAUACUUUUAAUGUACUAGUAUAUACUGAUUUAAAUCAAACAAAUAAUAUACCUUUACAAUGGCUAGAUACUAAUGGUGAUGGUAGGUUUUUAACUGGUGACAAUAUUGAUAAAAUCGAAUUUUCAUCUUUUAGUACUGAUUUGCAUAAAGUUAAUACCUCAGUUAGUUAUAAGUUUGAAUAA